AUGUUACCCGGGGUUGGAGUGUUUGGGACAACUGCGACGAUACAGUCCUUUGUACCCAUCUUAAAAGUGUGCGGAUUUCCCGUUGUCGCCUUGUGGGGCAGUGAAAAUUUAGAUGCCCAGGAACUAGCCACACAAUUGGACAUCCCAUUCAGUACGCGCAAAGUUGACGAUGUUCUGUUACGCAAAGAUGUCGACCUUGUGGUCAUUGGUUGCCCACCUCACAGCCAAUGGUUUAUCGCCGUGAAGGCUUUGGGCAUCGGCAAGCAUGUUUUAUGUAGUGCCCCGUCCGGCCCAAUGCAAUUAAAUGCUCAACACAUGGUGCAGGCAGCCAGGUACUACCCUCGGUUGAUGUCGUUAAUGUGUUAUGGACUCCGUUUCCUUCCAACUAUUGUCAAGAUGAAAAAAAUGAUUGAGGAGGGAUAUCUAGGCAACAUCACAAUCUGCGAAGUUAAGGUUCACUACGGAGGCUUGCCAAAAGAAAAGUAUGAUUGGAUGUGUGAUGAAGGUAUGGGCGGUGGUGUUCUUAAUACAAUCGGCAGUAAUAUCAUCGAUGUAAUCACCUUCCUAACCAAAGAAAGAGCAGUACGUGUUCAUGGAAUGUUAAAGACUUAUACUAAACAAACACAAAACAUUAAGGGUAUUCGAGAAAUCACCAGCGACGACUUUUGCACUUUUCAAAUGGAGCUCGACAAAGGUGCAUGUGUUACGGUAACCCUGAAUAGCCAUAUCCCCGGGCAGUUUGUCCAAGAAAUCGUCAUUUGUGGACAAAAAGGACGGCUAAUUGCACGGGGUUCGGACUUAUACGAACAGAGAUUGAACGCUACCCGAGAGUCGUUGAUACAUUUCGAUCCCAUCAAAGAAGAGGAGAGGUAUGGAAUAUCUCCGAAAGCAAGAACCGAAAUUCCGAGCCCUUAUCUCAAAGGUCUUAUUCACAUGAUUGAGGCCGUGAAAGAUGCUUUUGAGAAAGAAGAGGAAAGGCAGAAUUGGCAGGCGGAACCCGUUGCUUCAGCGUCGAAUUUUGAGGAUGCACUUUAUGUACAAACUGUAGUUGAUGCCAUCCGAAAGUCAAAUAAGACCAAACAGUGGACGAAAGUAGACGUAUCUGUGGAAGAACCAGAGCCUAAUUCCAACAUGUUAUCCGAUCAGAUGAGAAGAAGCACUUUCUCAUUGCAAUGA